AUGUAUCGACGCGCCCUAGAAGGCUAUGGGAAGGCUCUAGGGCCUGAGCAUCUGUACACUCUCACCAGCAUGGCCAACCUUGGUUCUGUUCUUGAACGACAGGGCAAGUAUGAAGAGGCUGAGGUUAUGUAUCGACGAGCACUAGAAGGCUGUGGGAAGGUUCUAGGACUUGAGCAUCCUGACACUCUUACUAGUGUUAGCAAUCUUGGUUCAAUGCUUGCACAACAGGGCAAGUAUGAAGAGGCUGAAGCUAUGUAUCAGCGAGCGCUAGAAGGUCAAUCGAAGGUUCUAGGACCUGAACAUCCUAGCACUCUGACAACCAUGGACCUUCUGGCUCACACCUGGAUGUCCCAAGAUAAGAUCCAGGAUGCUAUGCCUUUGGAAGACUGCGUUGAGCUCCGUAGCAGAUCAUUGGGACUUGACCACCCAGACACCAAAUACUCAUCGCGGCUCCUUAAUGAGUGGAAGGGAACUUAUUCUUCAUUACCACUGCAGCAACUUCGAGGCAUUGUCCAAGCAGAAUAUGACCAAAGUCAAGAAAUUCCAGCAGAAUGCUCAGCAGAAGUUAUGGUCACCAACCAGACACAGGAAGAAUGGAUCUCCUUACAUCAAAGACAAGAGCAAUUGUCACCUGUCAAAAAAGUUGUUGCAAAUCAUCCUCUCCGAGGCCUUUUAACUUCUGGGACCAGUUCAUCUGUAUCCCGCGGCCCUGAUAUAACAGAAGUUGAAUGA